GCUAGUGUACAACAUUACGUCGGUUGGUGCGUGGCUGCGUCAACUCUACUCGCUGCCGCUUCCUCACGCGCCCCACAACGCCUUUCACGCCGCAGGUUCUGGCUUGCCGCCCCACAGCCCCCAAGGCCGCCUCCCUCCCGACGAGAAAGGAAUCUGGCAACACAGGUGUGAGCGAGUGUGUGUGGUCCGCCCGAGGACACCUGGCCGCCCGUUUUGACCUCAAGUGCCGCUGCCAUGAAGUCAGCCACCUCACGCUCUUCCAGGGACCCGCCAGAAGUACGGCAAGAGCGACAAGAAAUACGUGAGUACCUCGAUAAACUGCGGCAGCUGGUGCCAGGAUGCCCCAAGGCGGGCAAGCUCUCGCGUCUGGCGGUGAUUCAACACGUGAUUGACUACAUAGUGGAACUUCAAGACACCUUGGUGCACCACCCCGUCAACGCCGCCGCGCUGGCCGCCGAACAGGACGUGGCGCAUCUCGCCCACGUAGACCCGCUACUGGCCCUCCAGCGCCUCGGCGCCCAUAAGCGCACACACACGCCUUCGCUAACAUCCGACGCGGCAAAGUCCAGCAGCAUGGUGACCAAGACUAAUGCUGACACUGCCGUCAGGAAAAAUAACAGCAACUGCAGACGGCCGCUGGGCGUUUUGUCGUCCCUUAAAAACCAAAGACACCAAUAAGAGAAUCCGUCCGUCACUGCCCUGCCGCCGCCCACUUGCGAACCGCCGGUGAGAGAUGGAACAAUAUUACGUUUAAGGCAAGUGUGAAAUAACAGAUGGCGUUGGCCAAAUACGUCGCCUCGCCGUGGCAGCCCGACGCCCGAAAGGGAGGUGUGGCCGGCCGCCCUCCGCCACGCUGGCCCUGACCCGUCAGACGGCCCGCUGCCCAUAUUGGUAACAAGACUUCCCCCCUCCCCCACUCUCUGCCCUUCUCCUACCCCAACGUCAGCGGUACCCCCCCCCCCCCACACACACCACUUAACCCGGAAACACCUCUCGCCUAGCCCUCUCAUCUCGGAGAGGCGUGCAGCCGCCCACCGCCCACGCCGCCUCAUGUACCCGCGGUGAGGUGGUGCCUAGAGGGAGGAGGAAAGAUGACAUGUGGGCUGCGCCACACCUGCACGCGAUGAUGGUGGUGGUGGUGGUGGUGGUGGUGGAGAUGGCACCUUCAACACCCACCCCCACUUCCCCUCUCUUUACCAACCCCAUACUCUUUCCCUUCUUCGAACGGAUCGCCUCCCACCUAACCCUCACCCCACCUGCACACCUGCCCUGCAGAGGAAGUGCAGCUGGUCUACUCAGCGACACGUGACACUCCGUCCUGGGGUCACCGCCGAUAAGAGAGGGCCGCCCCCCGCGUCCCCAGCCCGGCGCCCCCCGGGCAGCUGUGGCCUAGUCAGGCGGCGCGCAGGUGUGGGUGACGGCGGGAGCAGCUGCGGGAGACACCAGGUUUCACGAGGACCCCCUUCGUCUUCGAUCACCCCAACUCCAGCACACCUCAGGGUCGUGAGGAUCACCAACUCUGCCGCCUGAGUCGACGCGAAGUAAUGAGGACGUCCGGGCGGCACCACGCUUUCAAGGUCACACCAGGUCACUCCUCGAUGAACUCGCCCAGCUCCCUGUCAGCUCACCAAGCUCAGCAGUAACACUUAUUUAUUUUGCUCAUUUACUUCUCGAUCCUGAGAAGCAAUUACUUCUUGCGGCGUACAACGCAGGACAGCUGUCGCCCUCGGGCAUCGCUGCAGUGCUGAGCGCGGAAGAGGCAGAGCCGCGGUUUAUAAGUUGUCAUAAACCAUCUUGAAGGUAACGCCCCCAGCUCCUCUCCCUGUCGGUCACCUGGUGGUCUCUCCCUCACGCUGCCAGGGGGUGAAGGCCAUUCGACACCCCCGCUUAUACAUACUGAAUUAUUUGGGAUAGGAACCGUUAAGCAGCGUACAAGGCGACAUCUGUCCAAUAAUCGCCACGGAUCAAUUAUAAAAUAUCUGGCCAGCUGCCGCUGCCUCGGCGCGCCUCACCGUCAGCUGCCACGGGAGGUUCCCGCACCCGGGGACCGCGCCCGUGACGCAGGGCACCAGCUGCUGCCUCAGUUCAGUCCUCUCAGAAAAAAGGGGUCCACCUGUUCCACAUCUUUCACUGGAAGCCUCGAUGAGUUGCUCCGCGCCACGGGGAUGAGUGGCGCCAUCUCAGGCUGGGCAAGGAGGCAACUCUGUGUGUGUGUGUGUGUGUGUGUGUGUGUGUGUGUGUGUGAAGGGCCGCCAGCAG